CGCUGGGCCAAUUGUGCGCCGCCCCAUGGGUCUCCCGGUCGCGGCCGGCUACGACAUUUAUUUUAAAAUGUGAGAAAUGUAAAGAACAGUUUAAUCCUAGAAGCAAGCUGUGGACCUUGAGAUCACAGUGGGCACAUGACUAUGGCACAGACAUAUUGUAGGCUUACAGUAUGUUCUGUUUUGUUGUGGAGUGACGUAGCAUGUCUGAUUUGAACUUCCUAGCCAGCAGCCGAGACAACUUCCUCGUAUGGUAGUUUUCUUUUGGUCAGGCAGUCAGCGUGUCGAUUUCGGGCCAUGCUUUUAGAAUGUUGAGUCGACUCGGUAACCUGACAGGUGGAGACUGAGAAGCGCACAGGUGGAGACUGAGAAGCGCACAGGUGAACUGCCAUCGUUUACAAGAUGAGCUACUACAGUGAUACGCCAAGUGUCGACGAUGAGUUGGAGUCGCUAGAAUGGUACCACUUUGACCUGUCCCGCCAUGCCGCUGAAGCUCUCCUCCUAUCCAAUGGGAAGGAUGGCAGCUAUCUCCUCCGAAACAGUCAUGAUGGUCCUGGCAGCUUCGCCCUCUCUGUCAGAGCCAAGGAUUCAGUUAAACAUUUCCAUGUGACACGGAAAAGCAAUGGCUACGCUUUCGGCUUCAAUGAGUUUGCGUCCUUCCAGGACUUUGUCAGCCAUUUUGCCAACCAACCUCUGCUGGGCAGUGAGACAGGUACCCUCAUUGUCCUUAAAUGCCCGUAUCCAUGGCGUGUAGAAGAGCCGUCCAUCUAUGAGUCUGUGCGGGUUCACACAGCCAUGCAGACAGGACGAACAGAGAGCGACCUGGUGGCUAACGCUCCAUCGUUUGGAACAAAGGAGGGCUAUCUGGUAAAGUUAGGAGCAGUCGUAAAGAACUGGAAGCAGAGGUGGUUCACAUUAAACAGAAAUGAACUCAAAUACUUUAAGGACAAAAUGUUUGAUGAGCCUAUUCGCACCCUGGAUCUGACAGCAUGCUCUGCAGUCCAGUUUGACUACUCCAAGGACAGAGUCAACUGCUUCUGUUUGGUGUUCCCUGAGAGGACAUUUUAUCUGUGUGCCAAGAGUGGUGUGGAGGCAGAUGAGUGGAUCAAGAUAAUACGAUGGAAACUGUCACAGAUAAGAAAAGGAAAAUGACAACGUGAAGUGGAUGAGCUGUGACCGAUGUCAGACAAGAGGCAUAUUCCCACAGUGAACUAAUUGAUCUUAACCUUAAGUCUGGUAGCUUGUCACUCCUGUUAUCCACAGAUAUCCUCUCUGCUCCCAAGACAAAAGUCAAUGGGGCUCUCUGACCAUCAAAAAAAGAAUGUCCAUUUUUGACAAUGUAAUUUUCAGGACAUGCACAAUGACAAUGUUUUGGAUCUAAUCUUUUUUUUUAAAUAUAGACUUAAAGUUCCUCCAGGAAUUGUAUUUUCUCUAGAUUGACUGACAUCUUUCACUAGUUGACAUUUACUUGAUCUUAAUUUUACUUAACAAGAUGUAACCCUCAUACUGUGAAUAAAUAUUUAUUUUAAUAAAGA